AUGAUCCUACUUGAAGAUCAAAAUAUAAUCAUUCAUGAUGUUUUAACUGAAAAGUUUACAAAUGAUGGAGUUCGUUAUCAUCUUUCUACCCCGAAUAAGAAGACGAUCAUUUUACUUUCGAUGGGUGUAAGAUGUUGGAACCAAUUAGUCGAUUAUGGAGUUUUAGAUAUCAUGAAACGUGAAUAUUCUCAAUGGAUAUCAAAUGAAACUGAAUCGGAUUAUGAUAUAAGUUUAAUUUUUGAAAUUGAUCAACUCCCAACUGAUCCUGAAGAACGAUCAUCACUUAUUAAAUCAAUAUCACUCUUGAAAAGAAAUGCAUUAGCAGCUCCAUUCGAAAGAGCUUUCGCAAUUCAAAAAAGUUUAGAAGCUAAUCCGCCUAAUCCAGAUGGACCACCACGUGAUCCAAAUCAAGAUUUAAUGCCAAUUAAUUAUAGACCAGAAGAAGCUAUUUAUGUGAUACCUAAUAUAGAUAGAGUCACAGUGGUGUUUAGUACGGUUUUUAGAGAAGAUACUGAUAUGGUUUAUGGAAAAGUGUUCUUGCAGGAAUUUGUCGAUGCUAGAAGAAGACCUGCUAUACAGAUGGCACCUCAAAUUUUGUAUUCUAAUAGAGAACCACCCCGAGAGAUUAGUCAUAUACCAGGACUUGCAGCUUCUGAGAAUAUGGGAUAUGUCACAUUUGUCUUAUUUCCACGUCAUUUUUCGACCCCUGAAAUUGCCUUUUCAACUAUUUCAAGAAUUCAAUUAUUUCGAGAUUAUUUACAUUAUCAUAUUAAAGCUUCAAAGGCUUAUAUUCAUUCUAGAAUGAGAGCUAGAACAAACGAAUUCUUAAAAGUUUUAAAUAGAGCUAAACCAGAAAUGAUUGAUAAAGAAAGAAAGACAGCUAGUGGAAGGACAUUUGUGAGGUCUUGAAAAGGAUUAAAAAGGUGACAAUUGAUGAGAUGAACUGGGUAUGAUGAAUCGAAAAGAAAUUUCAGAAUGAGGUUUGGUUUUCUUUGCUUUAGGUGAUUGGUUAGAGAGAGGAUUGUGAUUGAGUUUGUAUUUGUUAUGAAAUUGAUGAUGUGACGUAUAUAUAAAUGAUGAUUAUAUUUUGAUCAUGUCU